AGUGCCACUCUCCAACAGCAAUCUCCCCAGCAACAACACACGACAGAUCCCCGCAACCCUUCACCCAAGCUCCUCCAGCGCGCAGCAUUCCUCGACUCUCUGGCUGACCAGCGCGAGUCCACAAUACCCUCCUCCCCUUGAUCUGUCCUCAGCGUCCAUCUGCAGUCCUGGCGGCUGUGAGAUCCUCAGCCGAGACCAUGAUACCGAGGCGUGUUCCGAGUCGGCACAGCCGGCUCGCCACAGACACGACAGCACAGCCGAAUGCCGCUCGACGCUUAACAACUCUAUCCGCCAACAUAAGACGCCCCGACCUCUCACCAACGAGUCUGCCUGCCCAAGCCCAGUGCCCGACGCGCCAGCUUCGUCUCGUCCACUGGCGGCCACGCUGGCCAAGAAACAAAACCCGCAAGAUCCCAAUGCGCCAAAAGUUUCCAACCUUCGAAGCAUCUCCGUUGCUCAUAGACCUCGAUGCCGAGGAUUGUAGAGCCGUGCGCCCAUACGAACCACUACUAGACGGAACCCCCCAUAAGUCGAUGAAGCCAAGAACUUUCGCCCUCAAGGCGCUCAACAAGGACAUCAACCAGUUCAACAAGAAGUCUCUUCAGCUGGAAACUCGCUUCGCCCAGGUCGCCGCCAACGUCUUCAGUCCGUGGCGCAUGUCUGACUUUGACGUGCUGUCCGCCGCUCUGCUCGGAUCGCAAGGCGAUGCGCCGCAGCUGACUCGGUGGCCGAUCAAGAAGGACAAGUACAGGCGCAUGCUGUGGGAUGUCCUCCUCCAGAACGGAGUCCAGCUCAGCAUCCGUGACAACGUAACAAGCGUCAUGCAGUACAUGCUGCGCCGACAGAAACUCUCCUGGCGGACGACGCCAGGACACGAGGACGCAGCCGGCUUCCGGAGGGCUAUCGAGUCAACCACGAACUUUGAGGAGCUCGAGAGGAUAAUCACAAACACCAUGCAGACCUCAGAGGGUCGGGAGCUGGUGUCCACCGCGGGCAAAAUCGUUGCCGACAGGUGCCAGAGCUUCGUCAGGCAGCCAGUCAAAAUGUCUGAGAAUGCUUGGCGCCAUCUCAAUGCGCACAUCUUGUGCUUCACCAACAACCUAAUCAUCAACUUUCGGCACCGCAAGCUACCUCCGCCCGUAGACCUCCAGAAUCUGGCCUCGGUGCUCGCUGCAAAGUGCGGUAUUCAAUUGGAACCGACAAGGCAGGGCAAUGGCCAGGCGAUGUCGCCGUGGGAGCAGGUAUGGGAGCAGCGCGCGAGGCAUACAAGAAUUGCGGGAACUGCGGGCUCGACGGCGGGCCAGUAUACAGUCCCACAAGCCCCAGAUCGCCCGUUACCGAAACAUGCGGAGCGGCAUGUGUCGGUUGGAUGACGAUGUCAUGCAGGAGAUAUCCUGUGGCAUUCACGGAGGACCUGUCUCGGUGAACAAAGAGGUCCUAGAC